AUGCCAGAGUCUUUCGCUUCUGUCGCAGCAAAUGCCACAAGAACGUACGUCUACAAAUCUCAACCGAGCAAAGAUCUCGCCGCUGAUGCAGUUUUACAGUUCAAGAUGAAGCGUAACCCUCGCAAGCUGAAGUGGACAAAGGCUUUCCGUAAGGCCGCCGGCAAGGAGAUGACUGUCGACUCAACACUGCAGUUCGCCGCCCGCCGCAACGUUCCCGUUCGCUACGACCGAGACCUCAUGGCCAAGACCCUCAAGGCCAUGGAGCGUGUGUCCGAGAUCCGUCAACGUCGUGAGCGCGUCUUCUACAAGAAGCGCAUGGCUGGCAAGCGUGAGCGAGAGCUUGCCCUCGCCCGCAAGCUGGUCGCUGAGAACGAGCACCUCCUGCCCCGCAUGCGCGGCAGCGAGAAGAAGCGCCUGCGCGACCUGGGCAUGACUGAGGAGGAGAUCGAGGAGAUGGAGCCUGACCGUGAGAAGACCAAGGCCUUCGGCGGCGAGAAGAAGAAGGUCGCCAUUGCGCUCGAGGUUGAUGAGGAUGAGGAUGAGGAUGAGGAGGGCGACAGCGGCAUGUUCGACGAUGAAGACGACGAGGACGAGGACGGUGAUGAGGAUGAUGAGAUGGACGAUAUCGAUAUGGAUGCCGAUUGA